CCCACCCUCCUGGGACCGGAGAAGCCGGAAGCGGAGGCUGCUGGAUCCCCACCUGCAGGCGCGCAAGAGUGCUCCGCGCAGGGAAGGGCCAGGACGGCCGGGCCGACCCCAUGGCCGCUGGGCCCCUGGAGCAGCGGCUGGGUAGUUUCACCAUCUUCACCCGGGACGACUUCGAGGACGACUGGCGACAAGUAGCCAGCGGUGGCUUCAGCCAGGUGUUCCAGGCGCGGCACAGACGCUGGAGGACCCAAUAUGCCAUCAAGUGCUCCCCCUCCCCACAGCAGGACGCCACCAGCUCCGAUGUGAACAGCCUCAUUGAAGAAGCAGCCAAAAUGGAAAAGAUCAAGUUUCAGCACAUUGUGCCCAUCUACGGGGUGUGCAGGCAACCCCUGGGCAUCGUGAUGGAGUUCAUGGCCAGUGGCUCCCUGGAGAAGAUGUUACCCACCCACAGCCUCAGCUGGCAACUCAAGUUCCGCAUCAUCCAUGAGACCAGCUUGGCCAUGAACUUCCUCCACAGCAUUAAGCCCCCUCUGCUUCACCUGGACCUCAAGCCGGGCAACAUUCUGCUGGACAACAAUAUGCAUGUCAAGAUUUCAGACUUUGGCCUGUCCAAGUGGAUGGAACAGUCAACCGGGAUGCAGUACAUUGAGAGGUCAGCUCUGCGGGGUACUCUCAGCUACAUCCCCCCUGAGGUGUUCCUGGAGAGUAACAAGGCCCCAGGGCCCAACCACGAUGUGUAUAGCUUCGGGAUUGUCGUCUGGGAGCUCCUCACUCAGAAGAAACCAUACUCAGGACUCAACAUGAUGACCAUCAUCAUCCGAGUAGCAGCGGGCAUGCGGCCCUCCCUGCAGCCUGUCUCGGAUGAGUGGCCAGGCGAGGCCCGGCAGAUGGUGGACCUGAUGAAACGCUGCUGGGACCAAGACCCCAAGAAGAGGCCAUGCUUUCUAGACAUCACAGUUGAGACAGACAUGCUGCUGUCCUUGCUCCAGAGUCCUGUGGCAGACCCUGAGGUCGAGGCCCUGGCCAGGAAGGUGUCCUGUAAACCAUCUCUACGCCACCAGCCCCAGGAGGUCAGUUCAGAAGCCAGCCAGGAGCUAACGGACAGUGCAGAUUCUGGAGACUAUCUGAAGCAGGUUUUGCAACUUUCUGACAGUGAGAGCUUGGUCCCCAGUGAUGAAGAGCUGCGCGUCUACGAGAACAAAGUCACACCCCUCCACUUCCUGGCGGCCCAGGGCAGUGUGGAGCAAGUGAGGCUGCUGCUGACCCAUGAGGUUGACGUGGACUGCCAGACAGCCUCUGGCUACACACCUCUCCUCAUCGCUGCCCAGGACCAGCAGCCUGAGCUCUGUGCUGUGCUCCUGACACACGGUGCUGACGCUAACCUGGUGGAUGAGGACGACUGGGCCCCACUGCACUUUGCAGCCCAGAAUGGGGAUGACCGCACUGCCCGCCUGCUCCUGGACCAUGGGGCCCUUGUGAAUGCCCAGGAGCAUGAAGGCUGGGCCCCACUUCACCUGGCUGCACAGAACAACUUUGAGAAUGUGGCACGGCUUCUGGUCUCCCGUCACGCUGACCCUAACCUGUGUGAAGGUGAGGGUAAGACCCCACUCCAUGUGGCUGCCUAUUUUGGCCACAUCAGCCUGGUCAAGCUGCUGACCAGCCAGGGGGCUGAGCUGGAUGCUCGACAGAAAAACCUGAGGACACCACUGCAUCUGGCAGUGGAGCGGGGCAAAGUGCGGGCCAUCCAGUACCUGCUGAAGAGUGGGGCGGCCCCUGACGCCCUUGACCAGAGUGGCUAUAGCCCACUGCAUAUUGCUGCUGCCAGGGGCAAGCACCUCAUCUGCAAGAUGCUUCUCAGAUAUGGGGCCAGCCUGGAGCUGCCCACUCAGCAGGGCUGGACAUCCCUGCAUCUAGCAACCUACAAAGGCCACCUGGAGGUCAUCCACCUGCUGGUUGAGAGCCAUGCAGAUGUGGGUGCUCUUGGAAGUAUGAACUGGACCCCCCUACACCUGGCUGCCCGUCAUGGGGAUGAGACGGUGUUGCUGGCACUGCUGCAGUGUGGGGCUCCCCCGAGUGCUGCUGAGCAGGCGGGCUGGACGCCCCUCCACCUGGCAGUCCAGAGGGGUGCCUUCCUGAGCGUCAUCAACCUCCUGGACCACGGCGCAGAUGUGCACGCACGUAACAAGGUGGGCUGGACACCUGCCCAUCUGGCUGCCCUCAAGGGGGACACAGCCAUCCUCAAAGUGCUGGUCAGGGCUGGUGCCCAGCUGGACAUCCAGGACGAGGUGGGCUGCACUCCACUGCAACUGGCCCUCCGGAGUCAAAGGCAGAGCAUCAUGGCCUUCCUUGAGGGCAAGGAGCCCUCACUGGCCAUUCUGGGUAGUUUUGGGCCAGGAGCCCAGACAGAAGUUUAGGCACUACCUUGCUUGAAAAAGGAGGGGUUGAUGGAAGUGAAACUUGGCUUCUGAACGGACUUCUUCCCUCCUGCUCUUUUGACCUUGAGAGGAAAGAGGAACUUGGUGUCCCGGGUGAUAGGGACCGGGAGAGAUACCACUGAGCUUGUAGCUUGGAGAUGGGUGCUUGGCUUGGACAGCUGCUUCCAGCUCCUCCUCCAAGUUGCCUCCAACAGACCCCUGGCCUCUUCCUCCUGCUUUACAUGGAUCCAAGCUCUUUUUCCAGCCCCAAGAUUCUGGCCAGCUUUUGUCCGUUGCCUCUGAGUUCAUGGGGUCUUUGCAUCCUGGGAAGCCCCUCUGGAGACAAAGGCAGGCCUAGGGAUGAGGGAAGUGGGUUCUUUCCAGCUUGUGUCUUAGUUGCUGGCCCUCCCCUCAGACUGGGGCAGGACAGCCAGACUCACUCACUUUGUCCGGGAGGCCGGGGCUCAGAGUUCAGAGGAGCUGCCUGCUCCCUACUUAAAGCCUCAGCCAGCCUGUCGCCACAAUGACCACAGCUUCCGAAUGGCCCACCCUUGUCUCCUACAUGGUCUCCUGGGGAUGAAGAAUGGAUGCUCCUAUGUGGAUGAGCUAUCCUAUGCGGGACACCAGUUUCCUGGUUCCUGGCCCCACAUCUGCAACCUUCUUUGUGCCCAGAAGUAUGGCUGAUUUCAAAUGCUGAAGUCAAUAAAGCUGUGGAUCUGAAUCUC